AUGUCAUCAGACGCAGAGAUGGCCAUCUUUGGGCCAGCUGCCCCUUUUCUCCGGAAACCAGAAAAGGAGAGAAUUGAGGCCCAGAACAAGCCCUUUGAUGCAAAGAAUUCAGUCUUUGUGUCAGAUCCUAAGGAGUCUUAUGUAAAGGCCACUGUCACAGCCAGGGAAGGAGGGAAGGUCACAGCCAAGACUGAAAAAGGAGAAGUGAGUAGAAGACAACAAAUGCAUUGUUAUAAUUGCCUUGCCUCUACUUUUUAAGAUGCCAUAAACUUGCCUUUUGUUUCCUUGGCAGUCUGUGACUGUGAAAGAAGACCAAGUCUUUUCUAUGAAUCCUCCCAAAUAUGACAAAAUUGAGGACAUGGCCAUGAUGACCCACCUCCAUGAACCUGCUGUCCUGUAUAACCUCAAAGAGCGUUAUGCAGCCUGGAUGAUUUAUGUGAGUACAGUCCUUGUCUUUUUUUUUUUUUUGCUUUCUGCUAAUGCGGUGUUGUGGUCUCAGAUUAGGUAGAUCUGUGUGCUAACCUCUAAAGCUCUACUGAGACCUCUGUGGAUCACCUCCCUUGUUCUUCAGUCCAGCAAGUGAUAGGAAAAGGCUGGCUUUACCUUUGCUCUUUGAAGUGAUUGUAGUCUCAGCACCAUUUCUCAUAAGAAUCAGGAAAAGACGUGCAAUAAUUUUAUUAAAACUUAAAAAGUUUUACUAUUAUCCUGUUAUAAUCUUGUUUCCUUCUUUGUGAUUAAACAUUUGUUCAAUAUUUGGGAUUUUUGAAGAGGACAUACACUUGAUUUUUAGAAAUCCAAAAUCUGUCAAAUAACAAUACUGAUAUAAGAACGUUGCAGUUUUUAUCUUUCUCCUUACUAUUUAUGGAUAAAUUAUAUGUUUGCCAACUUUUAGUUUGGCUGGAAGUUUUCAGAAUUUAAGUCUAUUUCUUACUUUAUUUCCAUUCAUGCUUUUCACCCUCUAAAAGAAGGAACUCCUUACAUAUUUUCCACAAGAGCAAAAGAAUAUAACAGUAUUAAUAGAAAUAUUACUACAAGCAGAUUAAUUGAACUAGUUCUGUUCUUCUUCCAGACUUAUUCAGGUCUCUUCUGUGUCACUGUCAAUCCAUACAAAUGGCUGCCAGUGUACAACCCAGAAGUGGUAAAUGCCUACAGAGGCAAAAAGCGUCAAGAGGCCCCUCCUCACAUCUUCUCCAUCUCUGACAAUGCCUAUCAGUUCAUGUUAACUGGUAAGUAAGUGAAAAGCUUUGGGAACAAAUAAUGUUUUCCUCAGAGGACCUCAGUGUCCUUUCACAAUGUUGGAUUAGUGCUGGUGACUGCAUUCUUUAUUCUGCUAAUAAAAUCAUGAAGCUCACUCUCGCCACCAUCUCCUAGCUUAAUAUGCCUGGCAUUAUGUGAGGAUAAAAAAGCCGAGAACUGGAAAACACUUGCACAUAGUGAAUAUGCUGUGCAAAGAGUACUGUAUUAUGUUAGAGGCUUAAACUGAAGAUUUUGUGAUAUCAUUUUCUCUUUCUUUGUUCAUAAGCCUUUCCUACCUGCCAACACAGUUUUGGCUUCCCUAACAUCCAGGAUCCAAAACAUAUAGCCAAUGAGGUGUUUGGAUUAGGGAUGGAGCAGAAAUGUAUUUGGCCUGCUGGUUAAAGUAAACCAAUGUAAUCCAUAGGUCCUUGAUUUAUAUGCAUGUUAGAAUGCAGCUAUCAAUCAGAUCACACAAAAUGAACACAAAAGUAUGUAUUUUACAUUAAAAUGCAUGAAAUAAUUUGGAUUUUGGCAUAAAAAUAAUCAAAAAGGCUUACAAAAAUGCACAUUUUAUGGAAAGAAUGUGUUUAACAUGUAUAAAAGGUAUUCAACUUAAUGCAUUUUUGCUCAUUUUAAUAAAGAACUGCAAAAAUCAAAAGUGGAACAGAACAGAAAGGCUGAUCUACCCAUCCUUAGCUUAAUGAAGACCACAUAGAAACCAUUUUCUUAGGAUUUAAAAUAUGUGAGACUGGGAGUUCAGAUGAUACUUAAAAUUAUGGGGUUCUACUCCUCAUGUAUUCUUGGACAGAUGUAGGUGCUUCUACACACACACACACACACACACACACACACACACACACACUGCUUCAUAUUAUUUUAAAAUUAAAAGUAACUUUUUAAACAAUUUAAUAUUUUCAGAUCGUGAGAAUCAGUCUAUUCUGAUCACGUAAGUAUCCUUUCUAGCUUUUUUCUGUGCAGACUUUUGAAAUGGAAGCAGGGUGCUGUAUUGUAUUAAGGAAAAAUCAUCCCAAUGCUUAACAUGGGACAAAACUAUAUUCAUAACUUAAAUGGCAUAAUAGUCAUAGUUCUAAGAAACUUUGGAAACUGCAGUUCUGCAAUAGGAGCUACUCAGCAGUUUCCAAGAUUUCUCAUGAAACUGAAAUUCCGAAGUCUGUUUGGGAAAAGCCAUAGCAGUUAAACUGGUAUAAAACCAAUGUAAGUUUAAAAGUCCAUAGCAUAUAAUUAUAACCAUUAGAGCAGACGUGGCUAACUCUUGGUCUGGGGACCUGAUUUGUGCUGUAAACAAAUUUUGGCAGGGGUGACUUAAAAAGGGGGAAAUUAAAAUAGACCCAGCACAGGGAUGGAUGGAGAAAUUUAAAUUUCUCCACUCAGCCCAGCACCUGAAUGAGAUGUAAAUCACUCCCUCCCCAGUCAUCAGAUCAAUCCUUUGAUGAGCAGGGAGGGGACAAUAGGCCCCUCCUCAGCUGAUCUACAAGGAACACCUGACGAGAGGGAGGCUGUGUGUAUGCAACAAUGUGUGUGCAAGAGUGUAGUAGGAUGGCCACAGCUACUUUUAGCCACAUAUUUGGCUAGCAUGCAGUCCCUGCAAGGUUGACCAAGAGUAAAUGUGGCUUCAGGCAAAAAAUGUUAGCCACUUCUGACCCAUUGUUGAGAGACUUUCCCCUUGACUAUUGGUUUCUUAUCCCACCUUUCAUCAACAGUGGAGAAUCUGGUGCUGGAAAGACUGUGAACACGAAACGUGUCAUCCAGUACUUUGCAACAAUUGCAGCCACAGGUGAGAAGAAAAAGGAGGAGGCCACAGCAGGCAAAAUGAAGGUAAGCUUUGUGUCACAAAAGGAUGAAAUGUGGUUUUGAUGCAGUCUCUAUAUAAUUAAUCUUACAAUAAUACAUACAUUGCAGGGUACCCUUGAAGAUCAAAUCAUCAGUGCCAACCCCUUGCUGGAGGCUUUUGGAAACGCAAAGACUGUGAGGAAUGACAACUCCUCACGUUUCGUAAGUCAUCUGCAGAACCUGAACAUAAUAGUUGGCCUUUAAGUGUAGUGCCUUAUCAUCAUACACAGCAAAUCUGUAGUAACCUAUAUGCAGAAUCUGCCUCCUAGAAUUUGUAAUUGCCUAUCUUUUCCUUUUUAAAGGGUAAAUUCAUCAGAAUCCAUUUUGGUGCCACAGGCAAACUGGCUUCUGCUGACAUUGAAACAUGUAAGGGCUCCUUCUUUAGAUGAACUCUUUGUUUGUUUGUUUGUUUGUUUGUUUGUUUGUUCAUUCUAUUUCAUUACCUUGCCAGAUUUGCUAGAGAAGUCCAGAGUUACUUUCCAGCUGAAAGCUGAAAGAAGCUACCACAUCUUUUAUCAGAUCAUGUCCAACAAGAAGCCAGAACUAAUUGGUAAGAGGCAUUUGUUAUAGUGGCUGCUGCUGCUGUUGCUAAAAUCUUGUGCUGAUGUUGGAUUAUGCAAUGGAUGAAAAUCUGUGCUUCUCCUUAUUCAGAGAUGUUGCUGAUUACUACCAACCCAUAUGACUUUCACUUUGUGAGUCAGGGUGAGAUCACUGUUGCCAGCAUCAAUGAUCAAGAAGAGUUGAUGGCAACUGAUGUAAGUAACUUAUAGAAUGGAAUAUAUGGAAUUUAAUUAGACCAGUUUUGGGCUGAAUUUAUUCAACAGAAAUUAGAUGUCUUGGGGUGAGGCAUUCUAGAAAUGCUGGGGUUGAUGAUGUGUGUCUGCGUAGGGGGGGGGGGGAAUCACAGUGCGCUAAUAGCCGAAAUGCUCUUCCUCCAAAUGAAAUGGUAAUUUGAAGGGCCAGUUAUUGCUCAGCAUUUUAACUUUUGAUUGAUAGGAAGCCAUUGACAUCCUGGGUUUCACUGCUGAGGAAAAGACAGCCAUUUACAAGCUAACUGGAGCUGUAAUGCACUAUGGGAACAUGAAGUUCAAGCAGAAGCAACGUGAGGAGCAGGCUGAGCCAGAUGGCACUGAAGGUAUUCACAAAGUAUCUCUGUUAUGGCAUUAUACUUGGGGCCCUAAAUACAAUAUGGAUUGUGUGUGGAUAUGAAGCAGCAAUUUACAUAGUCUAUUAAUAAGGUAUUGUUCUUUAUUAUGACUAUUUACCUCACUGAUUAACAAACAUGUUAUUAGGUGGCCAAAUCUUAGAAUCAUAGUAUUGUAGAGUUGGAAGGGAUCCCAAGGGUCAUCUAGUCCAACCCCCUUGCAAUGCAGGAAUCUCAACUAAAGCAUCCAUGACUGAUUGACAUCCAGCCUCUGCUACAAAGCUCCAAGAAAGGAGAGUCCAUCACCUCUCAGAAUCUACUCCACUGUAGAACAGCUCUUACUGUCAGAAAGUUCUUCCUGAUGUUUCUCAGAGUCUCCUUUCUUGUAAUUUGAAUCCAUUGUUUUGGGUCCUAGCAUCUGGAGCAGGAGAAAACAAGCUUGCUCCAUCUUCCGUGCAACAGCCCUUUAAAUGUGAAGAUGGCUAUCAUAUCUCCUCUCACUCUCCUCUUUACCAGGCUAAACAUACUUAGUUCCCUCAACCACAUAAGGCUUGGUUCCCAGACCCUUGAUAUCAUCUUGGUCGCCAUCCUCUGCACAUGUUGCAGCUUGUUAAUAUCUUUCUUAAAAGGUGUUGCUCAGAACUGGAUACAGUACUCCAGGUGUGGUCUGAUCAAGGCAGAAUAGAGUGAUACUAUUACUUCCCUUGGGGUGUAUGGAGUCUUUGGGGAUGGGUAGUACUUCUGGUUGGGGACACAUGUUGCUCCUUCUGGGGUAGUUUGUCCUCCUUUGGUCCCCAGCCUACACUCAGCUCUCACCUGUGGCUCCUAGAAGCUGUCAGCAUGCAACAGCGGCCACACCCCGAGAACAGCUUUGACUGGCCAGCUAAACCAGGUGAGGAUAGCUGAUAGGUCUCAAACCCUUUGAAAGUUAGGGUCUUUCCCUGCAUGUGAAGACAGACUCCAGAAGAUUGAACGUUCAAUACCAAUAGUGGGCCCAAUGGUCAAGAAGGUGGUUACUGCAUGUGCUGUAGAGGGAAGUAAGGGACAAAUGGGGCUCAUCAACCUGGGAAAGUAGCUCAUCUAGGAGAACCACUUGAUUGAUAAUAGUGUAAGUGAAACUGAACAAUUUAGAAAAGAUUCUGAAACCUAUAUAAUUUUGAGGUUAAUGAUUGUCAUAAGUAGAAUCUAUGUCAGACAAGCAAAAUAUAUUUUGAUAAAUUAUGGUCUAUUUGUGCUGAUAAUCCUUUCUUCUUAUGUUUGUGUUCAGUGGCUGACAAGGCUGCCUACCUCAUGAACCUCAAUUCAGCAGAUCUGCUGAAAGCUUUGUGCUACCCCCGAGUCAAGGUCGGCAAUGAAUAUGUCACCAAAGGCCAAACUGUUCAGCAGGUGAAAAUCUAUGAAAUGCUGGAUGCACCACUUGAUUAACUACUAUUCCUCGGAGGUUUGGUCCUCUGCUUUGUAUAUUAACUCCAGUUUGUAUCAUGUUAUUCUAGGUGUAUAAUAAUGUUGGAGCUUUGGCUAAAGCUGUCUUUGAGAAGAUGUUCUUGUGGAUGGUUGUUCGUAUUAACCAGCAACUGGAUACUAAACAGCCAAGGCAAUACUUCAUUGGUGUGCUGGACAUUGCUGGCUUUGAGAUCUUUGAUGUAAGUGAAUGGAACCUUGUCACAACGAAGGUGGAUCCCCACUCCCCAGGUCUUUUUAAAUCUCCUGGAAUAUUCCUUCUGAAAUAACCUGGUCAGUUUGUAGCACAGGAUGCCAAUUCCCACAACUGUACUGCAAUGGACUGACUGGACAAGCUUUGCAGGUGGUAAUAACUCAUCUAAGUAGCACAGAUUCAUAAUUUCAAAAGAUAGCUAGUAUACAGGGAAGUCUUGAGAAAGUGUUACUAGAGAAUGAUGAGGUCCAGGAUAGCUCCAACAUUGCAGAAGGACCUCAGUGAAGCUGACAGCACACUUAAAAUGGGUAGGGAUGAAUACACAGAAGUUCCUCUGACCCCAUUAAUAUUACUUCUAUUUAUAGCAUUUUUCUUCAUCUGUUAGGUCCACCUAUGUAGUAUAUUUAAUCCAAGUUAAUGUGUAAUGGGUGGAAUUUUUUCAAUCAGGUUAAGGGUAGCUUAGGUAGACAUGCAGGUGGAAAAUAAGCAUAUGGGUGGAAAAUAUCAUGAAGUACUGUACCUAGAAUUGAAAGUGGGUCGCACUGAGUUGUACUCUUUAGAAUAAAUGUACUCUUUCCCCCACUAGUACAACAGCCUGGAGCAGCUGUGCAUCAACUUCACUAAUGAGAAACUGCAACAGUUUUUCAACCAUCACAUGUUUGUGCUGGAGCAAGAGGAGUACAAGAAAGAAGGAAUUGAAUGGGAGUUCAUUGACUUUGGAAUGGAUUUGGCUGCCUGCAUUGAACUCAUUGAGAAGGUCUUUUUAAAAAGUUUUUGUUAAUCUUGCAUACAAUGUAAUUAAGCAGUCUUUAAAGUUUGAAAGAUGUGUCCUUACUUUAAACAACAAAACAGCCAUUUUAUUUAAUUUAAAUUCAUUCUUAUAAAAUAGUAUUUGCUUGCGACAUAAAAAUAACGGGAAGAGAGAGGGUCAAAUCUGCUUCUUAGUGUCUCAUGUAAAAAUGCCUUGAUAUGGCAUUUUAGAAACUCUUGCCAUACUCAAAAUACAAUCAUUCAACAGGAAGCCUUACAGAACAAUUCUUGACUGUCAUUGUGCAAUGAAAUCCCGACCUUAAGUUACAUAUUUGCAGAAAGAAACUCUUGCUUUAUUUCCCCUCAUUAAAAUCACAACACAAGGUGGCUGGCCAAAAAAACCUAUCCCUAUGACACUUGCUUGCAAUAAUAUAUGCUAAUAUUACAAGCCAACAGCACACAAGUUAUAAAAUCUUGCUUUCUCUCUGCUUCUUAUAGCCAAUGGGUAUUUUCUCCAUCCUAGAAGAAGAGUGCAUGUUCCCCAAGGCAACGGACACUUCUUUUAAGAACAAGCUCUACGACCAGCAUCUUGGCAAAUGCAAGAACUUUGAAAAGCCCAAACCUGGCAAAGGCAAGGCUGAGGCUCACUUCGCCCUGGUCCAUUAUGCCGGCACUGUGGACUACAACAUCAGUGGAUGGCUGGACAAGAACAAGGACCCCCUGAAUGAAACAGUUGUAGGACUGUACCAGAAAUCUUCAAUGAAGACAUUGGCCUUAUUGUUUGCAGACCGCCCUGCAGAAGGUAAUUCCUGCUGCAAUUUGCAAUUGGCUCAUGAACAUAACCGUGAAUAGGAAGGAACCUAAGUUCAGUAACAGCAACCAUUUACUGGGAGUGCAGCAACACCAUCUGCAUAUGGCAAAACCCAGUCAGUCUGGUUGAAGAUUCAAGAAGGGCUAAAUCGCACAAUGAUUUUAAACCAUCAAAUGUUAAACCAUCAAAUACUUUGCAUACACAUCAUACAUUUAAAGCACACAUGCAAGAAUCCUGGGAACUGUAGUUUAAAGAUGCUAGGAAUUAUAGCUCUGUGAAGGGAAAAUUACAGCUCUCAGGAAUCUUUUUUUUUGGGGGGGGGAAGCAAUGUACUUGGAAUGUAUGGUGUGUGUGCACAAUGGCAGCUCCUCUGGCUUUUUCUGAGGACCACUCAACUAACACUUCAGCAUAUCUCUGUUCCAAAUAUUAUUUCACAUUCACCCAUCACAUGUCUUUAAAUAAUCCUACAAGAAUCAUAACCUUCCAACCCUCAGAGUAAAUAUGGUGACAAUAUAUUAUUAUGCUUAGGUCUGGAAGUCCCCCCACCCCCGUACUGGGAGCAGCAUUUGCAGCCUCGUUGCAGCAGCAGGGUAACACACAGUCACAUUCUGGUGUGGUUGUUUUCCUGCACCUCUCAUGUAGCGAACAACGAGGCAUUGCAAAAGUCAAGAAGCCAACCAGCAUUAGUCUGGGCUCCCUGUGAACUGGAUUUCCAGGGAAGACCUGGGUGAAGACUUUGCCCAUCUCUGUCUGCUCUGGGAGUAUUUAAGAAGCUGUGGCAGGGUGAGGGUUGACCAUUUAGGGGGCUACUUUGAAUUUGCUGUGGGUUUUUUUUUUUUUUUUAAAGUUGCUGUUUUCAGAGCCAGGAAGGCAUUUGUGCUGCAGUCAGUUGACUGGCCAGGUCUAUGGGUUUUGCCGGCCUCAUAGCAAACUUUAUGGUGGAAGAGGGAGACCCCCUAAACUUUAGUCAGCUGGAACAGUUCAUCAACCAGCAGGCAAGCUGAUUGAUCUUCCUGAUAAAUGCCAAAUGCUUACACCAAACCUGUUGCAUCUGUAAUCAAUAAAGUUGUCACCUAAUUUGAAUCCAACACACUCUCCCAUCCUUGUCCUUGGUCUGUGCACUCCACUGCUGCCUCACUGAACCUACAGCCACAAAUGUAGUUUAUACAGAAGAAUAACACAUAAAAUCCCUGAUGUAUAUGUUUUAAUUAUCAUAUUUUUUAUUAUUAUUCAGAGGGAAAGAAGGCUGCAAAGAAGAAGGGUUCCUCAUUCCAGACUGUCUCUGCUCUUUUCAGGGUAUAGUAAAAUCUUGGCUUAAGAUAUUUGUAAGGGGAGAAAAUUCUGAUUUCUUAGGGCUGCCAUACGUCCAAGUUUUCCCGGACAUGUCCGUGAUUUUGGCAGCAGAAGUGGCGUCAGGGCGGAUUUUCGCUGAGUCAACAAAAUGUCUGGGGAAACCCAGACGUACGGCAAGCAAGGCAAUUAUUUGAAAGAAAUGCUUUAAAAAUCCUAGAAAAGCCUGUCCUUUUUAAAGAAUAUUUUGGGAAUAUAGCAACCCUAAAUUUCACAAUCACAGAACACCAGCAUGCCUCUAAGCACAAGAGAAAUGUAUUAUAGGUGAAGGCUGAAAUUCUGUGGUAGAGUACAUUGCCUGUGUACAAAUGACCCCAGUUUUUAUCUUUGCUCAGGAAAGACUCUAGUCUAAAAUCCUGAGGAACUGCUACCAGUCAGUGUAAACAUUACUGUGCUAGACAGACCAAUAUUCUGACUCAGUAGAAGGCACCUUUGUAUGCUCUGAUAGAUCCAUCAAGAGUUUAAGAGUCCAAGACUGCUUAGUCCUAGAACAGAAAGCAUGCAACUGAGCUUCUUGGAGAAUGGGCAAGAUAAAUGUGAUAAAUAAAUUAUACAAAACGCUAGGUCACUGCAUUCUAGUCUAGCUGAAGUCUCACAAUGGUCUAUGAUCUGGAGAUUACCAAGGCAAACGUGAACGUGCCCAAGUCUUUAUCACUAGAAUAGUGCAGUUUGUGAAUCGGACAAGGAUGAUUUUUUGAAAAAUCCACCUAGGUAUCUAGGAGCAACCCCAAAUUGUGCUCUCAAUUUGUCAGAGGAAGUAUGAGUCCAAUCAGGUUAACCACACACCAAUUUCAUAGAGGUUUUUCAGAGGUUUUCUCUAAUUUUUCUUACUACCUAUGGAAAAUUUAAAGGAAGUUUUGCAUGUAUAUGUGUGUGGAAUUUGUUAACCAGGCUCUGGCUUCUAAUUCCACAGGAGAACUUAAACAAACUGAUGAGCAACCUGAGGAGUACUCAUCCACACUUUGUGCGUUGCCUAAUCCCCAAUGAAACUAAAACCCCUGGUAAGACACAGAACUCUACUUUGAUUUUUAAAAAGAAAGAUGUGAUGCACCAGUUGUAUACAUUUUGGUAUUCAUAUCUUCUCUUAUUUUCUAAGGUGCCAUGGAACAUGAACUUGUAUUGCACCAACUGAGAUGUAAUGGUGUGCUGGAGGGCAUCAGAAUUUGCAGGAAGGGAUUCCCCAGCAGGAUUAUUUAUGGUGACUUCAAACAGAGGUCAGACUGCCCCCCAAUUAUUAACCUAUUGGUUGUUUGUAGUUGUUUUGCCCCCCCCCAUCAAUAGUUUUGAGUUGCUUUUUGACUGUUUCUAAUAUUGCAUUAUAGCAGUUAGACCACGUUUGGACAAAAGGGUUAAGGGGGGGAAAUGCCAUCAGUGACAAUUAAUAGUCCUUGCAUGAAGAGAUUACAAGAAGGCCCCAGUUAAAUUUAGCCUCAGUUAAAUUUUACUAGUCUCCCUGAUUUAGGUAAAUGGCCAUUAGGAAUAAUAUUUGUUUAAACAUUUACAAUCAGAUGCUAAACCGGAUGGACCAUUGGUCUGACCGAGUUCCAUGAACAUGGCAUCAAAUCAUAAGCAUCUUUAUCUUCCACUUCUUCCAACAGAUAUAGAGUUUUAAAUGCAAGUGCCAUCCCCGAGGGACAGUUCAUGGAUAGCAAGAAGGCUUCUGAGAAACUUCUUGGAUCUAUUGAUGUUGACCACACCCAAUAUAAAUUUGGCCACACAAAGGUAAAUUUAGUUUUUAUUACAAGACUGUAAAAUUAGAGUUUGUUGAGACAGUGACCAAUACUUUGUAAUAUUUUCUUUUCCCAGGUCUUCUUCAAAGCUGGCCUUUUGGGUCUUCUGGAGGAGAUGAGAGAUGACAAAUUGGCACAGCUGAUUACACGUACACAGGCUAUGUGCCGUGGCUACUUAGCAAGGGUGGAGUUCCAAAAAAUGAUGGAAAGGAGGUAGAGUUUUGCCAUCUGUAAUAGAACUCAUGACCACACUGGCCUAUCAUGUUAAUAUGCCCUACACAAGGAUUACAAAUAAUAACAUAUAUAAAAUACUCUUUGGGCUACUCUCCAAAUUCUGUGGCAGAUUCUAUGUAAAACUUGUAAGAAGUACAGUCGUACCUUGGUUCUCAAACUGAAUCUGUUCUAGGAGUCUGUUUGACUUCUGAAACCAUUUGAGAACCAAGACACGGCUUCUGAUUGCCUGCAGGAGCUUCCUGCAGUCAAGUGGAAGCCAUGCUGGACGUUCGGCUUCCGAAAAACAUUCAAAAACUAGAAUACUCACUUCCAGUUUUCAAUUGUUCAGGACCUGAAAAGUUUGAGUUGCAAGGCGUUUGGCUUCUGAGCUUCCACUGUAUACCUUUAAAAAGGACUGUGUGUGAAGUGGCACUAAGUGGCAGUUCUCUUAACAUUUAUUAGGUUUGUAUUAAAUUUGAGUGUAAGAAGUAUAAAAAUAAAGUGACAGCUAUGCCAAAGAAGCAUAAUGAAAUUUGAACUACUUUAUAAAAUAGUCCUAUUUUUGGAAGCUUUAUUUGAUAAAUUUCUUCAUAUACCCCAUGUGCUCCUGAAAAUAUCAACCCCUUCUUUAUAAAGAAAAAAAAAUAUUCAUUUUUCUUACUCUUUCCUUGAGAUAUAAACCUACACUUACUCCCAGAUAAGUGUAGUUAGUAGUGCAGUCUAAGACCUGUUUUGCAACUGGACAAGAAUCGGACAGUUCAUAUUUCUUAUUGGGAGAGUCACAAAAGAAUUUCAUUAAACACUUUGAUCACACUGUUGUCGUUUUCAUCAUCAAGGUUUUAUUUUUUUGUCUGGUUGUUACAGAGAAUCCAUCUUUACUAUUCAAUACAAUGUCCGUUCAUUUAUGAAUGUGAAGACUUGGUCUUGGAUGAAGUUGUACUUCAAGAUCAAGCCUUUGCUGAAGAGUGCUGAAUCAGAGAAGGAGAUGGCCAACAUGAAGGAAGAGUUUGAGAAAACUAAAGAAAGCCUUGCCAAAGCAGAUGCCAAAGUGAAGGAACUGGAAGAAAAAAUGGUUUCUCUGAUGCAAGAGAAGAAUGACUUGCAACUCCAAGUCCAAUCUGUAAGCAUUGUUGGUAACAUACAUUUUUCUUCACUCUAGACUAGUUUAGGUAGAGGAAUUCAGAAAUUGCAGGAGAAAUGUGGCUAUGUUUAAUAAAUCUGUAUAUCUUAUAUACAUACUACAUAUCCUCUACGUAAUAGUUCACCACAGUCAAAGUUAAAUUGGACAUAAGUAUUUUUUUACACAUAUAUAGUAUACUGGUGAAUAUAGUUUAUUUUGGUAUUUGAUAUACCAACAUAACCAGUGUCUAUUAAAGAGUGAUUUACUUGAACACUGAAAGAAUAUGGCCUUGAAUAGCUUAACAAUUAGUUUUAAAGGUGAGGCCAUGUGCACAUUCCUUUGUGUAAGUAGAUUCUGUGCAAGAGAUCUGCGUGUGCAUGAACUUCUUAAGUAGGAUAAUAAUAUUAUUGCUAUAUGACAUACAUUUUCCCUGUAUAGGAAGCUGAUGGCUUGGCAGAUGCUGAGGAGAGAUGUGACCAGCUGAUCAAAACCAAAAUUCAGCUGGAAGCUAAAAUUAAGGAGCUGACUGAACGGGCAGAGGAUGAAGAGGAAAUGAAUGCUGAGCUGACAGCCAAAAAGAGGAAACUGGAAGAUGAAUGCUCAGAGCUGAAGAAAGACAUUGAUGAUCUGGAGUUAACACUGGCCAAGGUGGAAAAGGAGAAGCAUGCCACAGAAAACAAGGUAAUGAUCAUAAUGUGCUCAGAUCUGCAACCAAUAGUCAGAAUGUUGUAUUAUCAUUCCAGGGUGGAAUGAUACAUUGAAUCUGUUUGUUCAUUUCUAAAAGGUGAAAAAUCUCACUGAAGAGAUGGCAGUCUUGGAUGAGACCAUUGCCAAACUGACCAAGGAAAAGAAAGCCCUCCAAGAGGCCCAUCAACAGACCUUGGAUGACCUGCAGGCAGAGGAGGACAAAGUCAAUACUCUGACCAAAGCAAAGACCAAGCUGGAGCAGCAAGUGGACGAUGUAAGCACCAACACAUGCAGAAGAAUAACUGUGGGGGUGAAAGUAGUAUUAGAGUGACAAAGUCUUUGUCCCUUCUUUGUCUUUAGCUUGAAGGGUCCCUGGAGCAAGAAAAGAAACUUCGCAUGGACCUGGAAAGAUCCAAGAGGAAACUUGAAGGUGAUCUGAAGCUGGCCCAGGAAUCCACAAUGGAUUUGGAGAAUGACAAGCAGCAGCUGGAUGAAAAGCUUAAGAAGUAAGUAUGGUUUACUGUCUAGAAGACCUUUUGGGAGCUCUUUAUGGCACCCAGCCCUCUUUCAAUUUGACUGAGAAAACCUUGUGUUUUGUUAUGAAAAGGAAAGACUUUGAAAUCAGCCAGCUACAAAGCAAAAUUGAAGAUGAACAGGCCUUGGGCUCCCAGCUUCAAAAGAAGAUAAAGGAGUUACAGGCAAGUCAAGCACAUAUUGACUCCAUCAUAUGAAAAUCAGUUCAUCAGGGAAGACUCUGUUAAUGGCUGCUUCUCUUUUUCUAGGCCCGUAUUGAGGAACUGGAGGAAGAGAUUGAGGCUGAGCGUGCAUCUCGGGCCAAAGCAGAGAAGCAGCGGGCUGAUCUCUCCAGAGAACUUGAAGAGAUCAGUGAGCGUCUGGAGGAAGCUGGUGGGGCAACCGCAGCUCAGAUUGAGAUGAACAAGAAACGUGAGGCAGAAUUCCAGAAAAUGCGCAGGGACCUUGAAGAAGCCACUCUGCAACAUGAAGCCACUGCAUCUGCUCUCCGCAAAAAGCAUGCAGACAGUGCAGCUGAACUUGGGGAACAAAUUGAUAACCUGCAACGUGUGAAACAGAAGCUGGAGAAGGAGAAGAGUGAGCUGAAGAUGGAGAUUGAUGACCUUGCCAGUAAUAUGGAGUCAGUUUCCAAAGCAAAGGUAUACUGCAGCAGUAUAUACUUUCCUUUAGCUUUACCAGGUGGAGGCACAACAUACAGAAUUCACAAUCUUACAUGGAAAGCCAGUAUGCUGUAAGGUUGUAAGGUUGGAGAGUUGGACUAUGACCUGGGAGACCAAGGUUUGGAUUCCCCGCUCCGCCAUGAAGCUCAGUGGGUGACCUUGGGCCAGACCUCUCUGGGUAGCUUCUUAGCCUAAUCUACCUCACAGGGUUGUUGUGAGGACAAAAUGAGGAGAUGAAAACCAUGUAUACCACAUUGAGCUCCUGGGAAGAAAAGGUGGUAUAUAAAUGUAAUAAUAAACACAUGGUUUGGGGAUAUAAAGAGAUUGAUACGUGGGUUACAGUAGCACCCAUUCAAGUACCUAAAAGCAAAAGCAAAAUACUCAUAUUAAGCAGAUGGAACAGUGGAUAGUAUAUUGGAUUUUUAUGUAAGAGAGCAGCUUCUAAGUUUUUUUGUAUAGGUCUACACAAAACUUUAUUUAUACCUUAAAUCUACAAAAUGUGCUUAGAGCAAAUGAUCCACCUGGCUCAUGCAGGGACAACCAGAAGAGUGUCUGGAGUAGCUGUCAUUUGGUGCCAUGUCUAUAAUAAUACUGAAUUUUUUAUUUAUAAAAAUAUUUGCAUAAAGUAAUUUCUUUAAAAAGAAAUUCAAAGUAGUUUACAACAAUUCAAAAUUACAAUUUACCAACUAUUACAGAAAUUAUUCCAUAAUAGCAAACAUAAAGCAUGAUCACCUAAAUAAGCACUAUCUCAGUGCUGUUGUGAUAAAUAUUAUUUAUCCCUGCCCCCACUUUCCUGAUACUUCUUCCCAAUGUGUAUCAUACUGUAAUGUGACACUGCUAUAGUCAGAUUAUUUUGAUAAAUUAUGUGGGGAAAUGGAAGAGGAAUUCACUGUAGCACUAAGUGAAUUGCUUCUUCAGUGCAAGCAUAUCUGCUUGCUAUCCCUACCACCACCCAGAACCAGUUUGAGGGAGCAUGCACAGGUGGAGAGGGGAAAGGCCUGUUGUGCUAGUGGAGGUCAGUGUGCAGGUUUCUGCUGGCAGGGCCAGUUAGCUAAAUCUGGCCUCAGCUGUUUUAUAUAGCUAUACACUUUAUUAUUUCACAUUUAGGCAAAUCUUGAAAAGAUAAGCCGCACUUUAGAAGACCAGCUUAGUGAACUUAAAGCAAAGGAGGAACAGAACCAACGCACUAUUAAUGACCUGACUGCUCAAAGAGCUCGUCUGCAGACAGAAGCUGGUAAGAAACUGAAAGUAAAUUAUUUAAUGCUGCAAUUCUUAGAUCCAAAGAUUGCAAAGUACCAAUCUACCAUGUCUAUACUAUCCAAUUGAAUCCUAACUGCACAUAAGUUUAGGGCAAUGCUUUUUCCUUUUCUUGCAACACGAUUUCAUUAUGAAAUCUGAUUCUAUGAUUGUUUUUUUGAAAGUAAGUUUCUCCAGCUGCAAUAGUACUUGUUAGCAAACGAGUGAGGUUUAUCUAAGUGUGGCUAGUCAUAAUUUAUAACUACUAAGAAAAAUAUUUUAUGAAUAGUGAACAUGAUUAAUUUGUUGUUACAAAUAAAUUAAUGCAUUUGUUGUUAUAACCAUCAAGGUCAUUUCAACCACCGCUUAAAAAGAAAUAUGUACAUACUAUACAAAAUAUACAUAGAUCUAUACAUACAGUAGAUACAUAGAUAAUAUGUACCGGUAUAUAUUCCAUUUAAUCCAUUCUCUUUUCAGGUGAAUUCUCACGCCAAGUUGAAGAAAAAGAUUCACUGAUUUCUCAGCUCACAAGAGGCAAGCAAGCCUUUACCCAACAGAUUGAGGAACUAAAGAGGCAGCUUGAGGAAGAGAUAAAGGUGUGUAUUCUGUUCAACAUUGCAGACCCUCUAUCACAGUUCUAAACAACACAGGGCCUCUUUCUCCUAUUCAGUUAUUGACACCCAUGUGCAUUCUGCAGAAAUCCUAAUUAUUCUCAUUUCAGAAGCUCUAAGGUUGCUCAGGAAACUUCUCUAGAUAUCUGCCUAUGGUGGUCUCUCUAUUCUUUCUCUCUAUAGGUAAGCAUGUGCUUACCUAUCUUAGGCUGCUUGCAAACUAGGCAUUUAUUCUGGUAUAGCUAUGAUUCGUUCACUCACAUUUGAAGGAACAACCACAUAAUGACAUCAACAUUAAAUCGCUCUCUUGUGUUUUCUCCACAAUUCUUCCAUCUCUUUGGAGAGUCAGAAUAGCUGACUUUGGGAGCAAGAGCAGAAUACUAGCAUAAUAAGUGGGAUGUGGACAGGAAGAUGUAAAAUGAGGCAGGGAUGACAUGUUGGAGAUUUCUCAAAUUUUUGUGUAUUUCCUCAGGGCAGCUAAAAAUAAACAUUAAAAAUACAAAUGCAAUAGACACUAUGCAACAUAACAACAGACAUGGGUAACACCCUGACAUUCAUAACUACUAAAUUCUUUCUGUAUUUCAGGCCAAGAAUGCACUUGCCCAUGGUUUGCAAUCUGCCCGUCAUGACUGUGACUUGCUCCGGGAGCAGUUUGAAGAGGAGCAGGAAGCCAAGGCUGAGCUGCAACGUGCCAUGUCUAAGGCCAAUAGUGAAGUUGCUCAGUGGAGAACCAAGUAUGAAACAGAUGCCAUUCAACGCACAGAAGAGUUAGAGGAAGCCAAGUAAGUACAAGAACCAAGAGCAAGGGAGAGAAAGGGAACUCAAAAGUAGAAGAAAGUAUGCCAUUGUGUAGAUGGAAUUGGGGGAAAUAGUUAUUUGUAUCACUCAGUGAACAGGUCACUGAGUAAUUUGUGCUAGGCUCAGAGCAACAGAUAUAUUGUAAUAAUGCAAUCAUAUCAGUUUUGACAUGGAAGGAGCUGAUGACAUGGCAAGACAAAGUUUGAAUGGAAAAUCAAAUUUGUUUUUGAGACCAUUCUCAGUAUGCAUGGACCAUUCUCAGUAAGCCAUUUAUUAUAUUGGAUGAUUAAGAAUCACUAAGUGUUGUGAUCACAUUUCUCUAGGAAAAAGCUGGCUCAGCGUCUGCAGGAUGCUGAAGAACACGUAGAGGCUGUGAAUUCCAAAUGUGCUUCCCUUGAGAAGACAAAGCAAAGGUUACAGAAUGAAGUGGAGGACCUGAUGAUUGAUGUGGAAAGGUCCAAUGCAGCCUGUGCAGCUCUAGAUAAGAAGCAGAAGAACUUUGAUAAGGUACUUUUGGCCAUAAUUUGAAGGAAAACCCAGCACAUUGCAACAAACCCUCAGGUACACAUGAACACAUUUCUUAUUUCUUGUGUUUCUUCUUUCUGGUGUUUUGCAGAUUCUGGCAGACUGGAAACAGAAAUAUGAGGAAACACAGUCUGAACUGGAAGCUUCCCAGAAAGAGUCUCGCUCUCUCAGCACAGAGCUCUUUAAGAUGAAGAAUGCUUAUGAGGAAUCUUUGGAUCACUUGGAAACUCUGAAGCGUGAAAACAAGAAUCUCCAACGUAAAACCACUUUUUCAUAAUAACUGCAAAAAAACUGUGAAGUUCGUUUUGCAGAGCUGAAGCAGUAGAUCAUAAGGAUGGGAUAUCUCAUACAGUCCUUCUCCCCAAAGCUAGAAUAGACACCCAUGUGCAUAAGAGUUCACAAUGAGUGUCUUCACAACAUGCAGUUUUAUUAUGCAGUCUUCACAAGGCUUAUGAGGAGCCUUACAUCUUAGGUCAUUAGGUGUUGUAUAAAAUUAAAAAUAAAAUAGGUCUGACCCACAGGGCUGCAAUCUAAAAUUAUGCCAGUAUGGCAUAACAAUUAGAGUGCUGGACUAUGACCUGGAAGACCAGGGUUUGAAUCCCCACUAAACCAUGAAGCUCACUGCGUGAUCUUGGGCCAGUCACCAUUUCUUAGCCUAAUCUACCUCAAAUGGUUGUUGUGAGAAUGAAAUGGGGAGGAAAAGAACCAUGUACACAACAUUGAGCUCCUUGGAAGAUACAGGUGGUAUAUAAAAUGUAAUAAAUAAAUAUAAAUGAAUGAAUAAAUGAAUAAAUAAAAUAAUGCUAGUACUAUAAUAGUUCACUCCAAAUAGUGGAGCUGGGAUGAAUAACUGAAAUCCUCCUUCCCAAACCUUCCUACAUCUGUUUAUUAUUAGCUGCAUAAACACUAUUAAUCUCCUUUCUCCUUUCUUUGUGUGAAACUAACAGAGGAGAUAUCUGACCUCACGGAACAGAUCGCUGAGGGUGGAAAGGCCAUCCAUGAAUUAGAGAAAGUGAAGAAGCAGAUUGAGCAAGAGAAAUCUGAACUGCAGGCUUCUCUAGAGGAAGCUGAGGUAAACAAUACAAUUAUGCAUAAUGAAAAGACACAAAUUAUUGAUCUGUAAUACUGUGAAAUAAUUGAAGAGGCAACCAGAAGGAUGAUGAUAAGAUAAGAACAUUGCUGGAUCAGACUGAAGGUCCAUUUAAUCCUACAAUCUGCUUUUUACUUGGAGGUCCACAAGCAGGGCAUGAAGGCAAUAGUCCAAUCCUGUUGUUGUUCAGUGUCACAAAUGGGACCUGCAACAAAAUGCUGCAAUGUGGAGUUCUCUUGUUUAGUAUUUCAAUCCAUCGGUCAGCAAUGCCUUCUUCCAUUCCAUUCCAUUCCCUGCCCUUCAGCCAUCAACAUUCUGUGGUCGUUGAGCAAGCUCUGCUCUCUUGUAGGCUGCUUCUGAGUCCCACCCUUUUUUGUACUUCUGCAAACAUUGCUGUUCCCUCAGAUCUUCUGAUACUUCCCUCUUAUGUGCAGAUGGUACUGUUUUGGCUGAGUAACUGUUAGCACUCAUGCAUGGCCAUUGGAAAUAGAAGCAUUAUUGUAUGCUUACAGCUAUUUUUUACCCCAUCCUCUUUUGAUGAAGUGGAACAUUUACACCUUCAUCCCUUACAGAUGCUCCCCAGUUCUUGUCAGCUUUUCCCCAAAGGUCAGUUUAAAAGCCACUCUGUGACCUUUAGAAUUUUAAGUACCAGCUGUCUAGUUCUAUUUUGGUACAAGUGAAGACCAUCCUUUAAUUCAGGUUCAACUUAUGUCAAGAUGUCCCCAGGUCAAGUUCUGAAUACCUAGCUGAACAUGCAACAGGUAGCAUUUCUGAGAUGGCUUCCUUUGAGUAUGGAAAUGUGGUGAAUACACUGCUAAAUAGUAUAUUCAAUAUAAUGUUGAGCGUACUUCAAUAAGGAAACAGCUGUCAAAUUAAGUCCAUUAUUAACAGCUGUCAUAAAUGGUUUUCUUAAGGCCUCACUGGAACACGAAGAAGGCAAAAUCCUCCGCAUCCAGCUUGAGCUCAACCAGGUGAAGGCUGACAUUGACAGGAGAAUUGCAGAGAAGGAUGAGGAAAUUGAUCAGCUGAAGAGGAAUCACCUGAGAGUUGUGGAGUCCAUGCAGAGCACACUGGACGCUGAGAUCAGGAGCAGGAAUGAUGCCCUGAGAAUAAAGAAGAAGAUGGAGGGAGAUCUGAAUGAAAUGGAAAUCCAGCUGAGCCAUGCCAACCGCCAAGCUGCUGAAGCACAGAAGAACCUCAGGAACACCCAAGGAAUACUUAAGGUACAUAUAUAUUUCUGUAAUCAGGAUACAGUUGUGAUAUUGUGCAAAGAAUGGUCUCACAAUAAUAUCUCAAUAUCAUUUUUUAGGACACCCAGAUACAUUUGGAUGAAGCUAUGAGAAGCCAGGAAGAUCUGAAGGAGCAAGUGGCCAUGGUUGAGCGCAGAGCUAACCUUAUGCAGGCUGAGAUUGAGGAGCUCCGUGCAGCUCUGGAACAGACAGAGAGGGGCAGGAAAAUAGCAGAACAGGAACUUCUGGAUGCCAGUGAGCGCGUGCAACUUCUUCACACCCAGGUGAGCUUCUAAUAUGUAAUGGGCACACACAAGGACAUGGGGAUAAGCCAGUGGGGAUAAGCCAGAUGUAGGCUCUGCUCCAGAAAUAAAGAGAUUGUUGCUAAUGAGUAAAUAGGCAAUUAACCUACUCAUCACCACACAGUCUCUUUUUCUCAUCAUAUUAAGAAUCACUACUGUCAAGGGACAUGAAGUGGAUGUUGGUACUCAAUUAAGACCUUGAAGGGAACUCAUUUAUUUAUUAAGCACGUUUUUAGCAAACCCUUUAGCCAAUAAAUGUCCCAGAAAAGUUUACGUAAAAUCAAUAACAAACAAAAUAGUCAUAGGAAGGUGAUUUACAAGGCAUGACUCGAGAAGAAAAAGGCAUAAGGAGGGAAGAGGAAAACAGGCACCAGUUAUUAAAGUAGCAUAGUUGUUAUAAUGACCAGAUAGAAUGGAAACAGUUUAGUAAGAGGAGCCAAAUGAAGCUGGUCUCCUCAUGGAGUUGAUGUAGCGGUCCUCAUUUCUAUGUUUCCUUCUGAUGCUGCCUGAUAGAAUGAUAGUUGCUUGGCAGCAACCUGAUGAAAUAACCAAGUAACAGUUGAGGGUAGGGAUGAAUGAAUCUUUCUGUUUUGAUUUCUCUCCGUUUCUCAUUUUUCCAAUCUUCAGUUCACUAAGUUUCCUCAUCAGUUUGUAUUUUUAAAAAAGUAACACAAAAUUUGUAUUAUUAUUAUUAUUAGAAACAAUAGCAGCAGCAUUUUAGUGUGCCUUUCUCUUAAUAUGCACAUUUCUGUAUGCAAGCAAUUUUCCCUAAUAUAAUACAUUUGGUAUGUCAUUCUCACUGAUAAAUGCAUCUUUAUUCACACAUCCUCAAUAUGUUUUUCUGCACACAUUUUUUGCAUCACAAACUUCAGAGAAGGGCACAUUUUGAAAUAUAGAUGUAUUUAAGUUUUACACAUGGUUUCAGGAUGUGUGAAUUAAAAUGUAAACCAAACCAAAUUCCUUUCCCAUUCCCUAGUUGAGGGAGGGAGGAGCCCAACAGAGCUGGUUUCUGCACCAUAGGUAUGCUGGGGAAAUGUUUGUGGCUCAUUUCUGAGUACCUGCAAUUGUACUCAGCAUCGUUCUUUUGUACAAAAUGCAAGCAAUGUGCAUGACAUAUUUAGGCUUGGUCCUUUACGAAAACUAUGAUCUCCCAUUCUGUAUAGAAUACCAGCUUGAUCAACACCAAGAAGAAGCUGGAAACAGACAUCUCACAAAUCCAGAGUGAAGUGGAAGAGACUAUUCAGGAAGCCCGCAAUGCAGAAGAGAAAGCCAAGAAAGCCAUCACUGAUGUGAGUUGGGCAGAUUUUCUUUUGAAACUAUAAUCCUGCUUGCAGUUGGAAUGGCUGGUUUCCUAAACUGGGGAAAAUUUCUCUAUUAAUAGGCAGCCAUGAUGGCUGAGGAACUCAAGAAGGAACAAGACACCAGUGCCCACUUGGAGAGGAUGAAGAAGAACCUGGACCAGACAGUGAAGGACUUGCAGCAUCGUCUUGACGAGGCAGAACAGCUGGCAAUGAAGGGUGGCAAGAAGCAGCUACAGAAACUGGAGCACAGAGUAUGUAUUUCUUGUAAACAAGUUCACUCAGUUCUACUUCUUGAACAAAUUGACCAGCUGGACAGCUAAUGGCUAAUUCCAUUUUCCCCAGGUACGUGAGCUGGAAGCUGAAGUUGAGAAUGAGCAGAAGCGCAGUGCCGAUGCUAUCAAGGGUGUGCGCAAAUAUGAGAGACGUGUAAAGGAACUAACCUACCAGGUGAGGGCAGAUAUAUUUUUUCUGCAUCUUUUGGAGGAACUGGUAAAAGCAUUUUAUAAUCAGAUGUACUCAUGUUGUUUUCUUUUCUUUUGUGAAAAAAAUAUCCUGCUCUGUCCAGUCUGAGGAAGACCGAAAGAAUGUUCUUAGACUCCAGGACCUGGUUGACAAGUUGCAGAUGAAAGUGAAAGCAUACAAGAGACAAUCUGAAGAAGCUGUAAGUAUUAUUCUGAACUUGCUGUAGCUUGAGCUAGAAUUAUGAAGGUAAAUUUGAUAUAGCAAAGGUUUCAUUUCUAUCAAUAAGUACAAAAUGAAUUAGUCUCCAUGUGGCAGAAUUAGUUGCAUGAAACAGGGGAGUUUCACAUAAGUGAGACUUAUGUGAGAACAAUUAGCAGUGGAUUGUGCCCUCAGUAACAUGAACCCAAAUUUUCAUAAUGGGAAGAUUGCAGAAACCUUGCUCAUAUUGUUUUUAAGAGGAGAAGAUCCUUUAGCAGUCUGAGUAAUUAAAGCAAUACGAAAUAGCAAUACAGUGGUACCUCGGGCUAAAUACUUAAUUCGUUCAUGAGGUCCGUUCUUAACCUGAAGCACCACCUUAACUAAUGGAGCCUCCUGCUGCCGCCGCGCCGCCGGAGUACAAUUUCUGUUCUUAUCCUGAAGCAAAGUUCUUAACCUGAAGCACUAUUUCUGGGUUAGCGGAGUCUGUAACCUGAAGCAUAUGUAACCCGAGGUACCACUGUAGUCACUUUUGCAUACCACUUUACUGUACACAUUGCAGUUCACAAUAAAAACUGUGCAUUUCUAUUAAAGACAUUAUCACCUCCUAUAAUAGUAAUAAAGUGGUAAUAUACUGACCAAUAAUAUCAUGGGCAGGUCUGAAUGUACAAAGAACAGUCAAGCUAAACUAACCAAGGUUUGGCAUUAUGUCCAAAUGCUGCUACUGAGAUUUAUGCUUUCUCCUACCCUCAAAAUCAUUUAUACUAUUUAAGUGUUAAAAAUCCAGUACCUAGAUUCAUAUAUUUUUAUCCAUUUUCAGGAGGAACAAUCCAAUGUGAACCUGUCUAAAUUCCGCAAGAUUCAGCAUGAGCUGGAAGAGGCUGAAGAGCGGGCUGAUAUUGCUGAGUCCCAGGUUAACAAGCUCCGGGUGAAGACCCGAGAGGUGCACAAGAAAGUUGUUGUAAGCGAAGAAUAA